GAACUUCUUUUUUACCAUCUUGCGUAAUUUUUUUAUUAUUAGGAAAAAAAAAAGAAAGUGAGAAAGUGAGAGAAAGAGUCAUGUCUUCACCUAUCCAGCCUCCACCACCCAAUAUGCGGUCACCUUCUGUAGGCUCACAACAGCCUCCUGUUUCAGCCCCGUCGCCCUAUGCUCAUCAUCUUCCACCACCCAAUUUAUCUAGUAGUCAACCUAACGCGAACGGUCCUCUACCUCCACCACCAAGAGUAACAGAAUUGCCUCCUCUGUUAUCUUCUUCACAGAGCCCUCGUAGCUCCUCACCCUCGUUUACUUCUCAUCAUACACUACCACCAGCCAGUUCUUUAUCUAGCGACCAUACACUCCCACCUAUUCCUCCACCACGUACUUCAACACCACCUUAUAAUGAACGAAGGCCUAGUAUUGUACGUGCACCUCCACCUAUUCAAGCACCACCACCACCGCCACCACUACCACCACAAACUCAACAGCAGUCACCAGCACCUGCUUCUCAUCCUCCUCCUCCCCCACCUGCCUCUGCGUCACCUUCUUCUCAACAAGGCAAUGCUGGCUAUCGACCACUGAAUGUGAGAGACGCCUUAACGUAUCUAGACCAAGUCAAAGUAAGGUUUUCUGACCAACCUGAUGUCUAUAAUCGAUUUCUAGAUAUCAUGAAAGACUUCAAAAGUCAAGCGAUUGAUACACCAGGCGUCAUUGAACGCGUAUCUACUUUAUUUAAAGGUCAUCCUACACUCAUUUCGGGAUUUAACACGUUCCUUCCGCCCGGUUAUCGUAUUGAAUGUUCUACAGAUCCUCGUGAGCCUGACUUGAUUACUGUUACAACACCAAGUGGUGUCACCACCACCACAGGUGGCUCAAAUCGCAUGUAUGCCAUGGACCCCGAAAACUCUAGUAGCAUGCACGGCCAUCCCUCUAUACAUCACCCACCUCCACAACCCUAUUACUCAUAUAGCCACAUGCAUCAUGCACCACCGAUGCAAGUCGCGUCUGCUGGUCACCCAAUCCAUUCCAUGCCACCUCAACAACCUAUGAUGAGUCAACCCAUGUAUCAUCCACCACCACCGCCAUCAUCAUCUUCUGUGCCUCCCUCUGGCAUGAAUCGUUCUCAACCUCUUCCUCUUCCUCCUCCUCCUCCACCACCACAAGCACCUCUUCAUCAUAGUCCUACACAAUCUAAUGGUGAAAAACGUUCACCUGUUGAAUUCAAUCAUGCGAUUAAUUAUGUGAACAAAAUCAAAAAUCGUUUUGCCAAUGAACCAGAUAUCUAUAAACAGUUCUUGGAAAUCCUUCAAACGUAUCAAAAAGAUCAAAAGCCUAUUCAAGAGGUGUAUGCCCAUGUUCAAUAUUUGUUUAAUGGUGCACCUGAUCUAUUGGAUGAAUUUAAGCAAUUUUUGCCUGAUAUUACUGGUCAACCGGCAAGUGCUUUAUUUGAUACAAUCUCACCCACGUAUUAUAGUGGAUCUAAGCGUAGUGCGAUGGGCACACCACCACCACAUGCUAUGCUUCCACCUGGUAAAAAGAAGCGCACAAAUGCUACCACAACCAAGAAAACCAAGUUGUAUCAAAAAGAAAACGGCGAUGUACCCAGUAGUUUGCGUGAUCCAUACAGCUAUCCUAGUUCGCCUUUUGAUCCUGUACGCCCUUCUGUCUCUGCUGAAGAAAUUGAGCUGUUUGACCGUAUUCGCAAACACAUUGGCAACAAGCCUUCUUAUGAAGAAUUCUUAAAGACAUUGAAUCUAUACACACAGCAAAUCUUUGACCUCAAGACACUUGUGGAACAAGUUGCUAUUUUCAUCGGCAGCAACAAGGAACUGUUUGAAUGGUUCAAGAGCAUUGUUGGAUACGAACCCAAAGACCAUCCUAUCGAAAAACCUGUACCCACUAUACCCAAACCCGACCUUGCUCACUGCAAAGCCACGGUCGAUUCGCCUAGUUAUCGUGUUGUGCCUAAGAAUUGGCAAUCACAGCCAUGUUCUGGUCGAGACCAAAUUGCUUGGGAAGUACUGAACGAUGAGUAUGUGUCCCAUCCUAUCUGGGCCAGUGAGGACGAUGGUUUUGUUGCUUCCAGAAAGAGUCAGUACGAAGAAGGCAUGCAUCGCUGUGAAGAAGAGCGCUAUGACUACAACAUGAACAUUGAUGCCAACCUGAACGUGAUUGCUUUGCUUGAGCCUAUUGCGCAUCGUAUUGAGAACAUGACAUUGGAAGAAAAGGCCAAUUUCAGAUUACGCCCUGGACUCGGUGGUCAAUCUGUCUCUAUCUAUGAGCGCAUCAUCAAAAAGAUCUAUGAUAAAGAACGCGGUGCAGAAAUCAUUGAGUUGCUCUAUUCUAACCCUGCACAGGUGGUGCCUAUCUUGUUAAAGAGACUGAAGCAAAAGGACGAAGAAUGGAAACGCGCUCAACGUGAAUGGAACAAGAUUUGGCGUGAAAUGGACGCUAAAAACUUUUACCGCGCAUUAGACUAUCAAGGCAUCACGUUCAAGAGCAAUGAUCGUAAGGCCAUGGCACCCAAGGGCCUUGUGAGUGAAAUUGAACUCUUGCAUCAUGAAAAGAAGCUCAAGCGAAACGAUGUCAAGGCAACUCAUAGCAGAGAAAGCUAUCAGUUCAAAUUUCCCUUUGAGGAACCUGAAGUCUUUAAGGAUGUCACGCGUGUUAUUUAUUCGUUCAUUGAUCGUCAAUCAGGCUACACUGGCAGUGAUCGUGAAAAGAUCCGUACGUUUGUUCAGACGUUUAUUCCUCUUUGUUUCCAAGUGGAGAAUGUAGUGCCUGAAGGAAUGCAGUAUGCAAGUGAGGCUGAAAAUGAAGAAUUGGCUGAAGAGGAUGACGAUAAUCACUCAACAAACACAGAAGAAUCCGAAUCUGAUCUGGGUCAAUCACCCGAUAAGCGUACCAUGUCACCCUCACGUCGUAGAAUGGGUAGAAGUUCUCGCCAUCAUCAUGAAGAUGAGCAUACGAUGGAUUUAUUGCGUGAUGUGUUGACAAAGAAUCAAAAUGCUUUAGAUGAAAUCAACCAAUCUGAAGAACAUGUAGCUCCUUCUCAUGAAGAGCAACAAAGCGAUGCUGUUCUCAACACAGAAGACCAAGAGCCAUCCAAGCCAGAAGAGUCUACAAGAUCCAACCCACAAGAAGAACCUGCAGGAGAUAAAUUGUUUGCUGCUGCAGCAACUGCUGUUGCACCAGGCGUAAAGAAGAGAAUCUUGUAUAGCUUUUUCUGUAACACAACAUUUUAUUGUUUCUUUAGACUUUAUGAGAUGUUGUAUCAUAGACUCAAUAAGCUUCGAACGUUGGAUGCGGAGAUGCAAGCGAAUCCACAUAUGGGCAAGCGUGUCAAUAAGGUUGCCCGUGAUCUUGGCUUGUACAACAAUCGUUUUGAAGAAAUCGAUUUGAGUAAAGGCUAUUACCAUGCUGUCUUGGAAUUGAUUGAUCGUUUCUUUGAUGGUGACAUUGAUCAACAAGUGUUUGAAGAACACACACGUUAUGUGUUUGUCACAGAUGCUUAUCUCAUCUUUACAAUUGAUAAGCUUGUGCAUUCCAUGGUGAAGCAGAUUCAAGCCAUCACUGUUGAUCCCAAGUCAGUUGAACUGAUUCGUCUUUUCCGCAGUGAUAAAGGACUCGAAUCCAUGUCACCUAGGACCUUAUCUGUCUAUCGCUUAAAGGCUGAAGAUAUCAUAGGAUCUGAUGAAAAUCUAUACAAAAUCAACUUUGAUAACCAGGCUAGAAACAUGACUAUUCAACUUAUUGGCAAAGACGAUUAUAUGCUGGAGCCUACAGCAGAAGAUAGAUAUGAAGACUACGUAGCCAGUUAUAUGGAUUGGGUAAACACGACAGAAGGCAUUGAUGCGUCUAGUAUGAAGCCUACAUUCCUUACUCGUAACUUGAGACCUCAAGACGAACAUUUGAACAAGAUUUUUGUUCGUUCAAGACUUCAAUACAAGAUUGAUCAAGACACAUAUCAUAUGUACUACAUUGUAGGUUCAGAAGAUGUGUUUGUUCGCCCUAGUUCAAAUAACACCAAUCCCUCUAAUCCAAAAUGGCAAGAAUGGGUAGAAUCUUCGACCACAGGCUGGUCAAAGAAUCUAGACGAAAAGACAAAGCAAACCAUGGAAGAAGAAGCAAGAAAUCUAUUAUUAGGCAAAAGCAGCUCAUAACUUCUUUUAUUACAUAAUGUACAAAGGUUCCUUUUUUUUUUUUUUAAUACUUUCUUCUUACAUUUUAUUUACACAUACACUUCACAUUACAUAUUUAACGCAUUAUUAUUAUUUGCACUUUUGUUUAAAGAUAAAUGGUUGACUACUCUUAUUUUAGAA